AUGGACGAGCGACCAAACAAAAAGAGACGCUUUNUUGCCGACAAAGACUCAACUCAGGAUGCUUCUUUCGCCUCCGAUCCCUCUGGCCCAGACGAACUCAAUGCACUCAACGAGAACGAUCAGAACGCCACUACCACCGCACAACUCGGACAAGAGCCAACAUCAAGUGUGAACCGCUUCGACGCAUCUCUCUUCCAAGCUUUUGUCGGCAAUGACGCUCCUCAAGCUACCAUCAACGCCCUACAGCGCAUAUGUGGCAAUGAUGUCGAGCGAGCCGUCAACAUGUACCUGGACGGCUCAUGGCAGAACCAUCCUUUGAUUUCGAGUGUUUCUUCACCCUCGUCGCAUCCCAGCCGGCCCAAGGUCAAGGACACUACACCUAAAUCCACACUAAAGACCGACCUGCCCAAAGUAAAUCUGGCCGCCAUGCCAACCAAGAGAUAUAUUGGUGCCAUGGGCGUCAUUGGCUGGACUACCCGCAGCGGUACUGGCAUCAUCACAUCAGGAGAGAAGGUCAAGAUUGAAAGAGCCAGGCCGUCACAGCAAAAGGUUGGUAAAGGAGGCAAGUCGCGAGCCUCAACACGUCAAGAUGUCAUUGUGCGCUUCACCAAUGCAAAAGGUGAAGAGGUUGGUCGCUUAGAGCAGGAUUCUGCCGCCUGGAUUUCCACCCUGAUGGACCAGAACAUAUGCCAUUUCGAGGGCCACUGUGUCUUUGCGCCUGAUCGUGUGCGUACCAACGACACUGUCUACCUCCAACUGCGAUGUUUCUUCCUCAAGUCGUGCUUUAGCGCUGGCAGCUUGAUCAAACCAUUGGACAAUAACAGAGAAACUGGUUUAUAUGAAGCAAAGGAAACUCGAGACGAANAAGACCUCCGGCUGCGUCAAGUCGGCCUUGUGAAAUUGUUUUCAGAAGUCAAUCUUCAUCCAUCACGCGCCAAUUCUGCAACCGAGAAGCACAAANGGGAGGGCAUUCUGCGUGCUGCUGAGAUGCCCGAGCAACCUGAACAGAGUACUGCCAAACCAGUCAAAUCAUCCGACCAAGCUGCUUCAUCUCCUCCUUCGGAAGAUGCUGAAGAUGGUCAAGAGUUGGAGCAAGACCAGCUGGACAGUCUAUACAAGAAAGCUCAAUCCUUCGAUUUCAAUACGCCUGUCAUGCAACCUGCCGAAACAUUUGUCAUGGAUCUUCGAAAAUAUCAGAAACAAGCUUUGCACUGGAUGGUAGGUAAAGAGAGGGACCAAAAAUCGGACCACAAGGAGGCGUCGAUGCAUCCUCUGUGGGAAGAAUACUUGUGGCCUACAAAAGAUGCAGAUGACGCGCCGGUGCCCCAGGUUGAGGACCAGCCAAACUUUUAUGUCAAUCCUUACUCUGGUGAGCUGUCAUUAGACUUCCCUGUCCAGGAGCAGAAUUGCCUUGGUGGUAUCCUAGCAGACGAGAUGGGUCUUGGCAAGACUAUUGAGAUGCUCAGUCUCGUACACACACAUACUUCAGAAUUCGGUUUACAAGGCGCUAAGAUGUCAACGGUUAUGGACCUGCCACGUUCGCCUAAGAGCUCUUCUGGUGUUGCUCGAGCACCGUGUACCACCUUGGUCGUUGCUCCUAUGUCCUUGCUGGCACAAUGGCAGAGCGAAGCAGAAAAGGCUUCGAAGCCCGGAACACUCAAGACUUUGGUAUACUACGGAUCAGACAAGAACGUCAAUUUGAAAACCUUGUGUUGCGAAGCCAAUGCAGCAUCGGCACCGAACGUCAUUAUUACCAGUUAUGGUACUGUACUCUCGGAGUACAACCAAGUCGUUGCUGCUGGUGGUGACAGAGGAUCAAGCGGUGGAUUGUUCUCCCUCGAGUACUUCCGCGUAAUCCUCGACGAAGCCCACAUGAUCAAGAACCGGCAGUCAAAAACUGCUCGUGCUUGCUACGAGAUUGCGGCAGAACAUCGCUGGACUCUGACAGGUACGCCUAUCGUCAAUCGUCUUGAAGACUUGUUCAGUUUGGUACGCUUCCUUCGCGUUGAGCCAUGGAGUAACUUUUCUUUCUGGAAAACGUUCAUCACCGUGCCCUUCGAGUCGAAGGACUAUGUUCGAGCACUUGAUGUAGUUCAAACUGUGCUUGAGCCUCUUGUGUUACGUCGCACGAAGGACAUGAAGACUCCCGAUGGAGAGGCACUGGUCCCAUUACCACCGAGAACCAUCGACAUUCAGAAGAUUGAGCUCUCGAAGGUCGAACGAGAUCUUUACGAUCAUAUCUUUGCUCGAGCCAAAAGAACGUUUGCUGCCAACGUUGAAGCUGGAACUCUGAUGAAGUCAUAUACUACAAUCUUUGCUCAGAUUCUGCGGCUCAGACAAUCAUGCUGUCACCCGACAUUGGUGCGGAGCAAAGGUCUUGCUGCAGAGGAGGAGGACGCAGAGGCAGCGGCAGACAUUGCGAACGGUCUAGCGGAUGACAUGGACCUGCAGUCCCUCAUUCAACGCUUCGAGUCUGAGGCCGAAGAGGAAGAUGCAAGCCGCUUUGGUGCCAACGUGCUCAAACAAAUCCAAGCAGAGUCAAGCCACGAGUGUCCGAUAUGUUUCGAAGAGCCCAUGGAAGAGCAAUCCGUCACAGGUUGCUGGCACAGCGCGUGCAAANAAUGUCUUCUCGAGCUAAUCGAGAACGCAACCAACAAGAACGAACUGCCACUGUGCUUUAACUGCCGCGAGCCUAUCAAUGCUCGCGACAUUUUCGAGGUCAUCAGAUACGACGACGAAGAUGACGAAGAAGCUGGUGUAGCCAAAGACAAGGCACAAAACAGUUUCGAAGACAUCUACACAGCAACACAACCUAGUGACUCGACAGACUCGCAACAACGUCUCCCUCGCGUAUCCCUCCGCCGCGUCAACACUCUUUCCUCAGCCAAAAUCGGUGCUCUCCUGACCCAUCUCAAGCGCAUCAAGAAAGCUUCACCAACCACAAAAUCCGUCAUUUUCUCACAAUUCACAUCUUUCCUCGAUAUCCUUGAGCCCGCUCUUGACGGAGCCUCCAUCCCCUACCUCCGCUUCGACGGCAGCAUGGCUCAAAAAGCCCGCGCCGCAGUCCUCUCUGAAUUCGCCAACCGCACAAAAGGCUGUGUGUUGCUACUCUCCCUCAAAGCAGGCGGUGUAGGCUUAAACCUCACAUGCGCAAGCAACGUCUUCAUGAUGGAUCCGUGGUGGAGUUGGGCGGUGGAGUCGCAGGCUAUCGACCGCGUGCACCGUAUGGGCCAAACCCAAGAAGUCAAAAUCGUGAGAUUUGUGGUUGAUCAGAGUAUUGAAGAGAAAAUGCUUAGAGUGCAGGAUCGCAAANAGUUUAUUGCUAGUUCGUUGGGGAUGAUGAGUGAGGAUCAGAAGAAGUUGCAGAGGAUUGAGGAUAUUAAGGAGUUGUUGAGUUAG